UUCACUUGUUUAGGCUUGUAUUUAUUCAGGUCCAUGCACUGUAUGUCACGCUCCUGAACGCUGUGCCUACAGUUGGUAGGCUAGGCUACUUGACGUCAGUUCACAGCGCUGGUUCGGACUGACUGGUACAUGUUCAGCUCCAGUCUUAAUGGAGUCCUCUCAGUGUGUGUCCCGGUCUCUGGAGCGCUUACCUUUCAACAACACCGCGCUGAAAAAGCUGCCGGUGGAUGACUCAGAAGAACCCGGGUCCCGGACUGUCCCUGCGACGUGUUUCUCCCGGAUUAGGACUCUUCAGCCCCUGGUCCGUCCACACUUCGUGGCCCUGUCCCACUCAGCGCUGGCUCUGCUCGGCCUGAGUGCGCAGGAUGUGCUGAGUGAUCCUCUGGCUCCGGAGUACUUGAGCGGCUCCAGGCUGCUGCCGGGCUCCCAGCCGGCCGCGCACUGUUACUGCGGCCACCAGUUCGGGCUGUUUGCUGGUCAGCUGGGAGAUGGAGCUGUGAUGUACCUGGGGGAGGUAGAGUCGGGCACCCACGGGCGAUGGGAGAUUCAGGUCAAAGGUGCAGGAGUCACACCUUACUCCAGAGAUGGUGAUGGCAGGAAGGUGCUUCGCUCCAGCAUCAGAGAGUUCCUGUGCAGUGAGGCCAUGGCUGCCCUCGGGAUACCCAGCACCCGUGCAGCCUCCCUCGUGACCUCUGACCUCUAUGUCAGCAGAGAUCCACUCAACCGUGGACAACGCAUUCCUGAGCGCUGCUCUGUCGUCCUGCGUCUCGCUCCUUCCUUCAUCAGGUUUGGAUCCUUUGAGAUCUUUCAGGGCCGAGAUGAAUUCUCAGGCUUGCAGGGUCCCAGUGCAGGGCGGCAUGACAUUCGCUCUCAGCUGCUGGAUUACGUCAUUGAGACUUUCUAUCCUUGCAUUCAGCGGGCUCAUAGCAACCGCAAAGACCGAAAUACAGCUUUUUUCAGAGAGGUGAUGAUACGAACUGCCAGGUUAGUGGCCAAGUGGCAGUGUGUUGGUUUUUGCCACGGCGUCCUUAAUACAGACAACAUGAGCAUCUUGGGUCUGACUCUGGAUUACGGCCCCUUUGGUUUCAUGGACAGAUUUGAUCCAGAUUUUAUCUGCAACGCCUCAGACAAAAGAGGACGGUACUCAUACCAAGCCCAGCCGUCUGUGUGCCGCUGGAACCUGGCUCGUCUGGCUGAAGCGUUGGGCUCUGAGCUAAAUGUAGCUGAGGCCGGAGCUAUCCUGGAUGACUUCAUGCUCACAUAUGAAGCCUUCUACCUGAGUAUCAUGAGGAAGAAACUGGGCCUUGUGAGAAAAGAGGAGGCAGAGGACAGCGAGCUCGUAUCGGACCUGCUGCGUGUCAUGCACAACACUGGUGCAGAUUUCACCAACACCUUCUACCUGCUGAGCUGUGUCCCCUGGCCUGAGGAGGGCGACAGUGAGAGGGCAACACUGGGCCCCGUAGUGGACCUCAUCCUGCAGCAAUGUUCCUCUAUUGAGGAGCUUAAGCAUUUUGGGGAAAAGGCUUACCAGGAGAAUAUUGAACUGGCGAUGAUUCUGUCCAUGGCACAAACCAACCCAGCCAUGUUUAGCAUGGUGUCAGACAGGCCAGGUGUGGCCCAGCAGCUGGAACGGAUGGGCCGGCUGAAGGAGCUGCUUGAGACAGAUCAAGAUGAGCUCAAGGAAAAGCAGCGUGAUGACUGGAUUCACUGGGUUAGCCGAUACAGGAAGCGUUUAGCCAAGGAGUGUGAUGGCACAAGUGACUUGUCUCUCAUCAAAAAGGAGAGGCUCAGUGUGAUGAACAGCCACAAUCCCCGGGUCGUCCUACGCAACUAUAUCGCCCAGAGUGCAAUUCAGGCUGCAGAAAAGGGAGACUUCUCUGAGGUCAACAGGGUCCUCAAAACUCUGGAGAAACCAUAUUCUAACGCAUUUGGACUGGAGUCUUUGGAUGGACCCAGUGCAUGUGGGCAAAAGGAGCAGAAAGGGAGGGAUUUGACUGUUGGCUAUGACAGGAAACCUCCUGCCUGGGCACAAAGAAUUUGUAUCACCUGAUCCUCAUAAAACCUCCUGGGCAGCUGAAGGAGGGAGGUCUGUUUUCACUGGUUGACCACACAGACCACAGUGUUACUAGUGCUACUGUUGCGGGUCUCCAUUUCCACCUCAGACUAUCUCUCCUGCUUCCUGAAGGGAGGAUGAUAUGUAACCCAGUGUGUUCCAGUGUUCAUCAGUAUGGCCAAAGAUCAAUGUUUGUGUGUAAAGUAUAAUACAACAGCAUCAUGGUCAAAGUCCAAUAAACCAGUUCAGUUCAGAUCUGAUGAAGAUACAUAGACAGUUUUCCUGAGGCUGAUUUUGAUGGGAAUAUUCUUGAUGGGAGUAUUAAUCUACUGUAACAAUGGAAACAAACAGAAUGUGCUGACACCUACAAGAAAUCAAUGGAUAUGCUGAUGAAGUUUGACAGCUCAGACGACCAGUCACACAAUGACCUGUCUGAGUCUGAAACACCAGGAACACACUGACGUCAGUCAUUUACAGUUAGUGGAUUUGUCACAAAUAUGAGCAAUUCAAAAUAUUUACCAUUUGUUUCUUAAACCUACUAUAGAUAGAAUGAUUUGGCAUUUUGUGUUUCUCAAAGCUUGAAAUAAAAGAUCAUGUGUUUUUCAUCA